AUGGGCUGGUGGGGCAAAUCAUCCGACUCGAAGCCUGAGCAGCAGCAGCAGCAGGAACAGCAAAAAGAAGCGCGCAAGGAAUCCGUCUUCGACCCUCAGCUCCCCAAGCCCGAGAAGCUGCCCAAGGCGCUGCAGAAGAUUAUCGACAAGGCCGACCAGGAUGAGAGCUUCUUUGACAGCAUAAAGGAAGGACGUGCCCCGGACUCGACGGAGAGCAAUGUGCGAUAUGCUGCAUAUGCGACCAGACUCCGAACCAUCCUUUUAUCUGCCCACCGAUACGUCGCCUAUACCUCCGAUAUUGGCGAAUCGUUCCGACCAGUUGCGCAUCCGCACCUUGUUCGCACUGCAUACGGAAUCUCGUGGCUCUACAUUCUGGGCGAUGUCUCACACGAGGGAUACCGCGCCUACUGGCAAAACCAGCGAAUCCUCAACCCACAGGUUCUGCUCAACUCUCACCAACAGAGGCUCACCGGCCUCCCUGAGAAGGAGACGCGCAAUCUUGUUCCAGGUGUAGUCUCUCCGUUGGAGGACUGGCGAACCGUCAUGGUGCAGAGAGCCAUCUUCCAGAGCGUCGCCAGUAUGGGUCUGCCGGCAUUCACUAUUCACAGUGUGGUCAAGUACUCUGGCAAGGCAUUGAAGAAUGCCAAAAAUGCCACCAUUAGAACAUGGGGUCCCAUUGGACUUGGCCUGUCGGUGGUUCCCUUCUUGCCCACCCUCUUCGACAAGCCGGUCGAGGACACCGUGGAGUGGAUCUUCCACAAGGGCUUUGAGCAAUUUGGAGGCAAGGCCUAUGUUGGAGACUCGCCGUCCACGGGCCGAGAGAAGCUUCUCAACAAGGAUCCCAAGAUCAAGGAGGACUAG